AUGUCAAUACUGCGAGAAGAAGUACCGCUUAAUUGUUCAGUGUAUGAAGGAGCGUCUACCUUUAAUUUCAUAUUACUGAUUUUAAUAUCAUUUGGCAUAAUUAUAAGUUAUCUACCACAAUAUAAACGUAUAUAUGAUAAGAAAACAUCAGAAGGAUUAUCUACUAACUUCUUACUACUUGGAUCAUGUUCAUCAAUUUUCACAAUAACAAAUAUUAUUUUGAUAAGUUCAAGAGCAAGACAAUGUUGUUACAUUGGUGCUUUAAACACAUUUAAUUGUAUUAAUUCUCAAUUGAACUUAUUUCAAAUUAGUAUUCAAUGUGUUUGCGCUAUACUUAUUUUAGUAUUUGUUCUAGUCAUUACUAAACAUUCAAUCAAACAAGAUAAAGAAGAGUAUAAGAAAAUCGUUAUUGUUGGUAAAAUUGUAUUAGCUCAUGGAAUAAUCUCAUUUAUUGAAGUGAUUGUGGGUUAUACUCAUACUAAUUAUUUAUAUUCAAUAGCAAAUGUAAAUGGUUUAUUAUCAGCAGCUUUAACCAUAAUAAAGUAUGUUCCUCAAAUACAUACCACAUAUACUUUAAAACAUCCAGGUACUUUAUCAAUUGGAAUGAUGAGUAUACAAACUCCUGGUGGGUUUGUUUUCGCUUCGACUUUGAUUUUCACAAAGGGAUCUCAUUGGAGUUCAUGGGUAAGUUACCUAGUUGCGGCUUGUUUACAAGGGGUAUUGUUAUUGCUUUGUAUUUAUUAUGAAUACAUAAAGCCAAAAUAUGAUUAUGAACCUUUACCUGAUGAAUUAGAAGGUCAACAAAUUGCAAGAAUUGAAGAAGAAAAUUUGCAAAAUAAUUAA